UUUUUGUUUACGUUUGGUGGAGCAAUUUUUCAGAGGAAUAGUUUAUAGUUUUCAAAGGAGCAUUUUUUCGUAGUGAAAGCACUCUUCAACUUCAUGGGAAAAUAGGAGUCUUAUUCCCUAAUAUUUAUACUAAUUAGUGUGCUGUUUAACUGGAAGUCUACUUUAAGAGACUUAUUUUCUUAUACUAAUGUGUGUGCUUUUUAACGGCACUGGAAGUCUACAUUAAGGAUUUGGUUAAUUUUCGUGACACUUAAAAAAAAAAAAAAAAUUAAAUUUCUUACGGUACAGCCAUUAUGAAUUCUGAUCCUCGUUUUAUAAAUAAUGUAUCUCAUGGGAUACCAAAAGUCGAAAAUCCACUCAGUAUAUCAUGGCAUGAUAGCACAUGGAUACCAAUGUUGAAUGGUGGCAACAUUAUGGAUUAUUUUUCAGAGCGAACCAAUCCUUUUUAUGAUCGAACCUGCAACAAUGAGAGCUUGAAAAUGCAAAGGCUUGGUAUUGAACAUUUAAGCAAUAUGGUUGGCUUAGAAUAUGUUUUAUUACAUGUUCAGGAACCAAUUCUAUAUGUCAUUAGGAAACAACAUCGCCAUUCACCUAAUCAAGUUACACCUUUGGCUGAUUAUUAUAUAAUUGCUGGUAUUGUGUAUCAAGCCCCAGAUUUGGCAUCAGUAAUUGGAUCUCGAAUGCUCACCAUGGUUCAUCAUUUACAGUCAGCAUUUGAUGAAGCUUCUUCAUAUUCUCAUUAUCAUCCAUCUAAAGGCUAUUGGUGGGAAUUUAAAGAUAAUGAAAAGAAAGAAAAAACGAAGACCAAAGAAGAACCUGGAUCCGCUUUUCAACGACGACGAGUGGAUAUUCUCCUCUCAGAACUGGCAAAGAAAUUUCCUCCUAAAAUGCCAUCUCCUCCGCAAUUAGAAAAGCAAACUACUGCUGAAGAAACUGCUAUUGCUAGUACUGUCGUUCCUAAUGUUACAAUUAAAACAGAGCCAAAAGAUGAUGUUAAAAUUAAAACAGAGAAAGCUGAUACUCCCCCUGCUGCAACUACCACCACCGCUACUACAGUUGCAACCAGCUCUACACCUGCAACAACAGCAAUUACAGCUACACCUUCUCUUCCUCCUCCUCCCCCACCCCCGCCUCCUGUUCAAGCAUCUGCUGCAUCAGUUCAGGCAGCACGAAAUGUCAUGAAACCUCCUCCAGAAAAGAAGAUGAGAUUAGCAUGAGACAAAGUAUAAAUUUGACUUGUAAAUAAAAUAUGUUAAAUAUACCUUUAUAUUUUAAAUCGGAGCUAUACUCAUUCUUUUUUUUUAUAACAUAAAGUAUUGAUCUAAAUACAAAACUAAACUUUGUAAAAAGUAUUAAAUAAAGCAUUAAUUCAUGAUAAGUAAUGAAGUCAGUUUGUUAUUUUUGCAUGAUUAUAUUAAAAAUUUCACUUUUUUUGCAAUCUCGUUUGGUUUUACCCUGAAUUUAAAAAACUUCAUAUUGUAUAUACUUUUUCAAAAAC